CUACUCCCAUCAUGGUCCAGGUCAUCGACCGUCUCAGUUUCUAUCAGACUUUCUUGACACUUGCAUUUGCUCGUUUUUGUUUUGCUUAUGAAGUUCCUGUGUUAGACAAAGAUUAUGACCGUCAAAUAUGUAGUGGGAUGUGGGCUAGUGCCAAGACUUAUAUCAAUGUGACUUUUGAUGAAAGCUCCCAAGGCCAGUUAGCCAUGGUGAUCUACGAGUGGACAGACUCCCCACACCUCGGAAAAAUCACGUCCAUGUACGACGACACACUUCCUAAAACAUACAUAUGCACGACCAGUGCCGUCACUGGCGGAUACUGUUCAACAGACGAGCUUGGUCAUUUCAUUCUGGACCUACCCGCCGGGAAGACGAUCAACGACACUAGUUUUUGGUCUGCUAGGGUUGAACUUCCAGGAAGUCACGGUUCAAGAGGUGGCGAAGGCGCGGAAUUAUCUACUAGUCCACUUUGGAAUAGCCGCAGAGGAAUUCUCACACCUCUCAAAAGUGACUACGACCCGCCGUGGAGAAGAACCGGUGAAAAUGUCAGCCCAACAGGUAUUUACUACUACAACCAGUCUAUCCAAUAUCUUGUCCGGAAAACAGGUUAUUAUUGUGUUGCGAUGAUACCAGUUACAGUCAGAAAUAUCGCGACACGUCAGACAGACGGGCCACAUCCAUCAUACAAAGGCACAGUCUUGUUCCGCAAUAAAUUCGAUGGCAAGCUACCAGCGACGGAUUACCCCAAAGUAAACUUUUACUUCGCCAUGUUUCUAGUUUAUUCAGCGGUUGCCGCAGCUUGGGCUUGGCUGUGCUACAAGCAUGUUCAAGAUAUCUUACCACUUCAGUACUAUCUCUCUGGACUGGUUGGGCUUUUGGUUAUCGAAAUGGUCGCAAACUGGGCAUACUAUCGAUACUUGAACGCUCAUGGGAAGAGCACAGCAUCUACCGUCUUUUUGAUCGUUGUUGCAGUACUUGACGCGGCCAGGAAUUCAAUGUCUUUCUUUAUGCUUCUUGUCGUUUCUCUGGGACUGAGCGUCGUCAGAGUAUCUCUGGAACGUACAAUGCUCAAGUGUCAGGCACUGGCUGGCGCCCAUUUCAUUUUCGGAAUCCUCUAUGCAAUCGGGAUUGUUGAACUCGAAUUAGAGUCUACGUCUGGUUUGGUCCUGCUCUUGUUCGUUAUACCUCUAGCCUUCACUCUUAGCGGCUUCUUGAUGUGGAUUAUGUACGCCCUCAAUGCCACCAUCACACAGUUGCGCACGAGGAAACAGAAAUAUAAGCUAGCGAUGUUCGAGAAGCUGAACUAUGUCCUUAUGUUUUCCGUGUUUAUUAUCUUGAUAUUCUUCGUGGUUUCGUCAUUCUCAUUCUCGGGACGUCUCGCUGAAGACUAUGCUGCCAAGUCGUGGAAGAUGCGCUGGUGGCUUCUGGACGGAUGGCUAUCUCUGCUCUAUCUCGUCUCGUUCUCCAUCAUUGCAUACCUCUGGCGGCCUUCCGAGAACAACAGAAGAUUAGCAAUGUUCGAUGAGAUUGCGCAAAAUGAAGAAGAUGCCGAGGAUUAUGAUCUGGAGGCAAUCGAACACCGGACUAGAGCUAGAGAAGAUGAUGAAACCAUGCCAGUCGGUGGGCAAAGGGGCUCAGGUCCCGUUGCUGAAGACCACGUCGUGUUUGAGAUAGGAGAUGAAGACCCUGGAAGCGACGAUGAACAUACGCCAAGUUAUCGGCGGCUAGAGAGAUCAUCCGGAGAACAGGACAACGGCGGAGAGGAUGAACGUAAAAGAUUGAUGCAUGGAAGAGACGAUUGA